AGCUACAAGAUGAGUGGAAGAGGCAAAACUGGCGGUAAAACGAGGGCUAAGGCCAAGACUCGUUCAUCCAGGGCUGGACUGCAGUUCCCCGUGGGUCGUGUGCACAGGCUUCUGCGUAAAGGUAAUUACGCCGAGCGCGUCGGUGCCGGCGCUCCGGUUUACUUGGCUGCCGUGCUCGAGUAUCUGACCGCUGAGAUCCUCGAGUUGGCCGGUAACGCCGCCCGUGACAACAAGAAGACCCGUAUCAUUCCCCGCCACCUGCAGCUCGCUGUGCGUAACGACGAGGAGCUGAACAAACUGCUCGGAGGAGUGACCAUCGCUCAGGGAGGUGUACUGCCCAACAUUCAGGCCGUGCUGCUGCCCAAGAAGACUGAGAAGGCCGUCAAGACCAAAUGCAAAAUGUCCUACAAGAUGAGCGGAAGAGGCAAAACCGGCGGUAAAACGAGGGCUAAGGCCAAGACUCGUUCAUCCAGGGCCGGACUGCAGUUCCCCGUGGGUCGUGUGCACAGGCUUUUGCGUAAAGGUAAUUACGCCGAGCGCGUCGGUGCCGGCGCUCCGGUUUACUUGGCCGCCGUGCUCGAGUAUCUGACCGCUGAGAUUCUCGAGUUGGCCGGUAACGCCGCCCGUGACAACAAGAAGACCCGUAUCAUUCCCCGCCACCUGCAGCUCGCUGUGCGUAACGACGAGGAGCUGAACAAACUGCUCGGAGGAGUGACUAUCGCUCAGGGAGGUGUACUGCCCAACAUUCAGGCCGUGCUGCUGCCCAAGAAGACUGAGAAGAGCGCCCCGGCUACCGGCGGCGUGAAGAAGCCUCACCGUUACAGGCCCGGCACCGUGGCUCUGAGGGAGAUCCGCCGUUAUCAGAAGUCUACUGAGCUGCUUAUCCGCAAGCUGCCCUUCCAGCGCCUGGUGAGAGAAAUCGCUCAGGAUUUCAAGACCGACUUGCGUUUCCAGAGCUCGGCCGUCAUGGCCUUGCAGGAGGCUAGCGAGGCAUACCUGGUCGGUCUGUUCGAGGACACCAACCUGUGCGCCAUUCACGCCAAGAGAGUGACCAUCAUGCCUAAGGACAUUCAGCUGGCCCGCCGUAUUCGCGGAGAGCGCGCUUAAAUCUCAAUUCUGGCUAAUGUACACAAAGGCUCUUUUAAGAGCCACCA